AUGGGCAAGGAGGAAAAACUAAUAGCAACGUUGUUCACCUGAGACCUAAGAUGCUCCCAUGAGUUUUGGAAGUGCUCCGCUCCCUACAGCAAAGGCACCAUUUUUAAAAGUACUGUUCUUUUGACUUUGCUCUUGCAGAAGCGUCUUGUGCUAUGUCCGCCCCUCCGCUUAAAAGGCAGACGAUUUGACAACAUUAAGACCACCGUAGCCGGGAAUUUUCAUUGUUUUUUCCAGAUCACUGACUUCCAGGACAAGGACUAAUUUGCACCCGCCCAAAUACCAUGGCUCUGCGUGCGCCCUUUGCCACCGGAUCCUCCCCUUCCAAUGAGACUUUCUGAUUGUGUCUACCAACUCUCCUAUUAGGAAACCCGUGGGCUGCAUGCAGCUAUUCUGUUGUAUUCUCUUUCUCAGUCUCCCUCCCCUCUCUCACUUGCACUCUUACUGGAGGAACACCAAUACCAUUCUACAGUGAAGAAAAACCCCAUAAGUACCUGCAACGAUUAAGACAAUAUGCGCAAUCCUCUUCUUUCAUAGCAACCACUACUUAAAUCUGGCAAGAGACCUCACCAGUCUUUGCAAGAAUGGAGUCCGUAAAACAAAGGAUUUUGACCCCAGGAAAAGAGGGGCUAAAGAAUUUUGCUGGAAAAUCCCUCGGCCAGAUCUACAGGGUGCUAGAAAAGAAGCAAGACACCGGGGAGACCAUCGAGCUGACGGAGGAUGGCAAGCCCCUGGAGGUGGCAGAGAAGAAGGCGCCCCUGUGCGACUGCACGUGCUUCGGCCUGCCGCGCCGCUAUAUCAUCGCCAUCAUGAGCGGCUUAGGCUUCUGCAUCUCCUUCGGCAUCCGCUGCAACCUGGGCGUGGCCAUCGUGGACAUGGUCAACAACAGCACCAUCCAUCGAGGGGGCAAAGUCAUCAAGGAGAAAGCCAAAUUCAACUGGGACCCGGAAACGGUGGGGAUGAUUCACGGUUCCUUCUUUUGGGGUUACAUCAUCACCCAGAUUCCAGGCGGCUACAUCGCCUCCCGCCUGGCAGCCAACAGAGUAUUUGGAGCAGCCAUACUUCUCACUUCUACGCUGAAUAUGCUUAUUCCGUCAGCAGCCAGAGUGCAUUAUGGAUGUGUCAUCUUUGUUAGGAUAUUGCAGGGACUUGUUGAGGGUGUAACCUACCCAGCCUGUCACGGGAUCUGGAGCAAAUGGGCCCCUCCUCUAGAGAGGAGUAGAUUGGCAACAACUUCUUUCUGUGGUUCCUAUGCUGGAGCUGUGAUUGCAAUGCCUUUAGCUGGCAUCCUUGUGCAGUACACUGGCUGGUCUUCAGUAUUCUAUGUCUACGGAAGCUUUGGAAUGGUCUGGUAUAUGUUUUGGCUUUUGGUGUCAUACGAGAGUCCUGCAAAGCAUCCUACUAUUACAGAUGAAGAACGUAGGUACAUAGAAGAAAGCAUUGGAGAGAGUGCAAAUCUUUUAGGUGCAAUGGAAAAAUUCAAGACUCCAUGGAGGAAAUUUUUUACAUCCAUGCCAGUCUAUGCAAUAAUUGUUGCAAAUUUCUGCCGAAGCUGGACUUUUUAUUUAUUGCUUAUUAGUCAGCCAGCAUAUUUUGAGGAAGUCUUUGGGUUUGAAAUUAGCAAGGUUGGCAUGCUCUCUGCUGUGCCACACUUGGUAAUGACAAUCAUUGUGCCCAUUGGAGGGCAGAUUGCAGAUUUUCUAAGAAGCAAGCAAAUUCUUUCGACUACUACAGUAAGAAAGAUCAUGAAUUGUGGUGGUUUUGGCAUGGAAGCAACGCUGCUGCUUGUUGUUGGCUAUUCUCAUACUAGAGGGGUAGCGAUCUCAUUCUUGGUACUCGCAGUGGGAUUCAGUGGAUUUGCUAUAUCUGGUUUCAAUGUUAACCAUCUGGAUAUUGCCCCAAGAUAUGCGAGUAUAUUAAUGGGCAUUUCGAAUGGUGUUGGCACAUUGUCAGGAAUGGUUUGUCCUAUCAUUGUUGGUGCAAUGACAAAGAAUAAGUCACGUGAAGAGUGGCAAUAUGUCUUCCUAAUUGCUGCCCUGGUCCACUAUGGUGGAGUUAUAUUUUAUGGAAUAUUCGCCUCAGGAGAAAAGCAACCUUGGGCAGACCCUGAGGAAACAAGUGAAGAAAAAUGUGGAUUUAUACAUGAAGAUGAACUUGAUGAAGAAACGGGGGACAUUACUCAAAAUUAUAUAAAUUAUGGUACCGCAAAAUCUUAUGGUGCCACCACACAGGCCAAUGGAGCUUGGCCUAAUGGUUGGGAAAAGAGAGAGGAAUUUGUACAAGAAGAAGGACAAGACUCAUAUCCCUACAAGGACCGAGAUGAUUAUUCAUAACAAAGCUAAAUUGCUGGAUUUAUUUUUGGUGUUUGUGAUUAAAUUAAUUGUGAUUGCACACACACACAAGAGUGAUGUAAAUGUGAACAUAUCCACCUGGCAAGUCUUGCUGUAAAAAUGAAAUUCAAACAGUUCCAUGAAGUUGCCAUCAAGUGCAAUCUGUAAAAAUUGUGUAAUUCAUCAUUACCAUUCAGGCCACCUAUUCUCGCCUUUGUGAUUUAAAGACUGACUGAUCAAAAUUGUAGAAGCAAGUAGUUACUCAUUGAAUUCCUAUGUGCUAAGGUUCAUUAUCAUUUAAUAAAGCACAACUACAAGAGUUGGCUCGUCCCAUCCUACAAAGGUUAGGAAGCCAAAGCUACUUGAUCAUAAAAAAUGCACUUAUAUAUUUGUUAUACUGUAUCGCAAGAUAUCGUGCUGGAAUUCUGCUUUCAAUAGCUGCCAUGCUAGCUGCAUCCUACGGUGGAUACAUUUAUUGAGUGCGAUUCAUAGGGUUGGGAAUAUCAUUCUCAAUAAAGAAGAAUGCUGUGAGCUUGCAACUAGCAAGGCAUCUAAAUGAUUAUUGUUAUCACAUAGUGUGGAAUAUUUUGUUGGUUUUUCCAAAGGAUAUCUUGCAGUGUUUUAUAUGAAAUGCUUGGACACAAACACAUCAGUGAAAGAGAAUUUGUAAAGUGAGGGGUAUGCUUCAUGUUCUUCCAUUCAUUUACCUAACAGUAUGAAACAUUUCACAUUUCAAUAGAAUUUGACUUUUCAUGUAGCAUAUCAUACAACUUUUUUUCAAAAAAUUAUAAAAAUCUAAUAGACUUCAAUGUAUUUUUUAUUACAACUUUGUACUGGUUGUAAUUUGCAUCAGAAAAAAAAGAUACAUACACUAUAAAGAAUCUAAUAAGAAAUUUACUAUGGAGAUAUAGCCCUUAAAUGCAAUAUUAACAAAAAAGAAAUAGAAAAUGAUUUAGAUAUACUUCUUCCUUAAUAAUUAAAUGCUAUAUGGAACUUGUGCCACAGAGCUAUAUAUAUAAUACGAAAAUAUAAACUUAAUAGAGUUAUUAUAAGUAGAAAAUUUUAUUAUUUAAAAUCCCAUUGACAAGAUAUUUGUCUUAAAUAUAUAGUAAAAUAAAUUAUAUUAAAACUAUAUAUAUGUAUAUCUUACACAUAUUCAUACAGAGAACAUAAUAAACACUCCACACACCUACACAAGCACACGGACACACACAUACACACACAAACCAAAUACAGCAUACACCUAAUGUUGGGUUAGGGGACUGCAAUUUCUACUUUCAUAGAGUCAUAGAAUUUUAGAUGGGGCAGAGGCAUUUUUGCUUGUCAUUUCUUAAUAUAACUCAACAGGAAUUGCAACAUUUGUGUACCAAGCAAUAAGUGCAAUGCAUACAACUUCCUGUCUGUAUAUUAUCUUCAUUUUGCUUGUGGUAGCUUGUUUGGGUGGUUGGAAUGAUUUUUUUUUCUUUGAAAAAAGUUAACAUCAGACCUCUUUAUAAUGUACUAAAUGAUAAUGCACUCCCCCAAUUCAACUCAGAAUAUUAUUGGUGUAUUUAAUAGUCUAUUUGAUCUGUUUAUUGUACUGUGCUAGUGAUUGGAGGUCCUGCUACUGCCAAUAUAAAACAUAAACUUUGUUUAAAAAAUGCAAUCCAUUCUUGACCUUACAAAAAUAAAAAUAUCUUUUGCUUUGUGUCUCAAA